AGUCUGAAAACUUGUGGAAGUAGAAGAGAGAGACGAGAAGAAAGGAGACAGAAAAGAGGAAAAAAUAUCUAUAAAAGUGAAGAAGAAGGGAAACAGAAAAGAAGAGACAAGGAGAUAAGAUGAUGUUCUCCUUCUUCUCAGCUGUUCCAGGACAUUACAUUCUUUUCGCCCUCUCGUUGCUGGGCAUUGUGGGAUUGUUUCCGGGGGUCUCUCACGGACUCCUGAGUGAGGAUGAGGAUUAUUACAUGCAGGAGCUGUUGAACAGGGAACAAUAUUACCAUGUUCCUGUCCAGGAGGAGAGCACGGUGGUGGAAGGUCAUGAAAUUUACACACCACCCAUUCAGAACGUCCCCAAAACCUCAGGGAAACAAGCUGGGGGCAAGACCAAGUCAGUGAAAUCUUCAAACAAGAAGGCUGAGAAGAACGCAAACAGCAUCAGUGAAGCAGACGGACAUUACCGCUCCGAGACAGUGGAUUGUCCUCCUCUCGGCCUGGAGACUCUGAAAAUCGAUGACUUCCAGCUUCACGCCUCCAGCAUGCUGCGCUACGGUCUGGGAGCUCACCGAGGACGACUCAACAUCCAGUCUGGUCUGUACGAGGACGAUCUGUAUGACGGAGCGUGGUGCGCAGGCAGGAACGACCCGCUGCAGUGGUUCGAGGUCGACGCCCGGAGACUCACCAAAUUCACUGGCAUCAUAACCCAGGGCAGGAGCUCACACUGGUCGAGUGACUGGGUGACAUCGUACAGAGUUUUGGUCAGUAACGAUUCACACACCUGGGUGACACUGAAGAACGGCUCCAGAGACCUGCUGUUCAUUGGCAAUAAGGAGAAGGAGAUCCCGGUGCUGAACAAAUUCCCCAGGCCCGUGGUAGCACGCUACAUCCGGAUCAACCCGCGCUCCUGGUACAACCACGGCAGCAUCUGUAUGAGGGUGGAGGUACUGGGAUGCCCCUUACCAGAUCCUAAUAAUUAUUACCACCGCCGCAACGAAAUCACCACCACAGACAAGCUGGACUUCAGACACCACAACUACAAGGAGAUGAGGCAGUUGAUGAAGGUGGUAAACGAACUGUGUCCGAAUAUAACUCGCAUUUAUAACAUCGGGAAGAGCUACAACGGCCAGAAACUCUAUGCUAUAGAGAUAACGGAUAAUCCAGGAGAACAUGAGCUGGGUGAGCCGGAGUUUCGCUACACGGCUGGUUCCCAUGGUAACGAGGUGCUGGGGCGUGAACUCCUCCUCCUCUUAAUGCAGUUCCUAUGCGUUGAGUAUCGCUCCGGCAACCGACGGAUACGACGCCUGGUCCACGAGACGCGCAUCCAUCUCCUGCCAUCGGUCAACCCAGACGGAUACGACAAGGCCGCGGAGGCUGGCUCGGAGUUGAGCGGAUGGUCUCUGGGUCGAUGGAGUCAGGACGGCAUGGACAUCCACCAUAACUUCCCUGACCUGACCAAAAUCCUCUGGGAAGCUGAGGCUCGGAAAUGGGUUCCACGCAAGUUCCAGAACCACCACAUACCCGUUCCUGAGUGGUACCAGUCCAAAAACGGAUCGGUUGCCAUGGAGACGCGGGCACUGCUGGGAUGGAUGGAGAAGUUCCCCUUCGUCUUGGGGGGCAAUCUUCAGGGCGGCGAGCUGGUCGUGACCUACCCUUACGACCGGACUCGACUCACUGGGGUUGUGAAGGGGGCCACGCCCACUCCGGACGACCUGGUGUUCAGCUGGCUGGCGUUCUCGUACGCCUCCACACACCGGCUGAUGACGGCCCCGACUCGCAGGGUGUGUCACACGCACGACUUCGCCAAGGAGGACGGCACCAUCAACGGGGCGUCCUGGCACACGGCCGCGGGGAGUAUGAAUGAUUUCAGCUACCUCCACACCAACUGCUUCGAGCUGUCCAUGUACGUGGGCUGUGACAAGUUUCCUCAUGAGAGCGAGCUGCCCGAGGAGUGGGAGAACAACCGUGAGUCUCUGCUCGUCUUCAUGGAGCAGGUUCAUCGAGGUAUUAAGGGCGUGGUCAGGGACCUGCAGGGGAAAGGCAUCGCUAAUGCCAUCGUUAGUGUGGAGGGCAUCAACCACGACGUGCGCUCAGCCGCUGAUGGUGAUUACUGGCGUUUGCUGAACCCGGGGGAGUACAGCGUGACGGUGCGAGCUGAAGGCUACAGCCUCGCCCGCAAAGUGUGUGAAGUCGGAUACGACAUUGGAGCCACACAGUGCGACUUCAGACUCUCUCGCUCCAACAUGUCACGCAUCAAAGAAAUCAUGGAGAAGUUCAACAAGCAGCCGAUCAACAUGCGACGACCCCAACAGAGACACCCGGGGACAUAGAGGACGCCGUGCGAGGGACUUGGUGCGUGCUGGACCGUUUUAGAGUGUGUUUAAAAAUAAAACAGGUAGAUGAGAUGUAGAGCUGGGUUAGGAACGAUAGACGAUACACAGGAGCCGCUUGGUUCCGUUUUGUUAAAUCAGGUGGUGAAAGAGCUUCAAUACGAAGCUAGAGAAAGAGCAAAGUGUCCAUUUUAUAAUGACGUGAGUGUUUUAUUCAGAAUUAAUAUAAUUACAGACUGCAUGAACAGAGAUAUUAGAGAAUUAUAAACACUGAAACUGGCAUGGGAAUAAAUCUAUCAGCAUUACUCUCAGUUUAAAGCAUGUUCUUCUGCAUUUAUUAUCUUUCACCGAUGUGGAGCGAUACGUCAACGUAGAAUAAAGCCAAGUUAAUUAUUUUCCUAUGACAGGAUGUCAUCAAAGUGUUUCAUUCCCCUUACAACUGCCAUUUAUUAAUUAUUAAAAAACAACCACACAUUUUAAAAUGUAAUGUUUUUUUAUAGCAGGUCGUACACAUUCAUUCCCUCACCAUCCUC